AGACCGGAAGUCGGACCGGGAGUGUGCUUGGUUUGAAGAUGUCUGUGAAGAGGAAAGCGGAGAGUGUGAUCCCGGCGGAGGAGAGUGACCAGCUGCUGAUCAGACCGCUUGGUGCUGGUCAGGAGGUCGGAAGAUCAUGUAUUAUCGUAGAAUUCAAAGGGAGAAAGAUCAUGCUGGAUUGCGGCAUUCACCCGGGGCUGGAAGGAAUGGAUGCCCUUCCAUAUAUUGAUUUGAUUGAUCCUGCAGAGAUUGAUCUCCUUCUGAUAAGUCACUUCCACUUGGAUCACUGCGGGGCACUGCCAUGGUUUCUGCAGAAGACCAGCUUUAAAGGCAGGACAUUUAUGACCCAUGCCACUAAGGCAAUCUAUCGAUGGCUGCUGUCAGAUUGCGUCAAAGUCAGUAACAUCUCUGCGGAUGAAAUGCUGUACACAGAGACUGACCUAGACGACAGUAUGGACAAAAUUGAGACUAUCAAUUUCCAUGAAGUGAAAGAAGUAGCAGGAAUCAAGUUUUGGUGUUAUCACGCUGGACAUGUCCUGGGGGCCGCCAUGUUUAUGAUCGAGAUUGCCGGUGUCAAAUUGCUGUACACUGGGGAUUUCUCCAGACAAGAGGACAGACAUCUCAUGGCAGCAGAAAUUCCAAAUAUUAAGCCAGAUAUCCUAAUCAUUGAGUCAACGUAUGGCACACACAUACAUGAGAAGCGGGAGGAGAGGGAGGCCAGAUUCUGUAACACAGUACAUGACAUCGUGAACAGGGGAGGUAGAGGACUCAUCCCGGUGUUUGCUCUUGGACGAGCUCAAGAACUUCUGUUAAUCUUAGAUGAAUACUGGCAGAACCACCCCGAGCUACAUGACAUCCCCAUCUACUACGCCUCGUCGCUGGCUAAGAAGUGUAUGGCCGUCUACCAGACCUAUGUCAACGCUAUGAACGACAAGAUCCGCAAGCAAAUCAACGUCAAUAACCCGUUUGUCUUCAAGCACAUCAGCAACCUGAAGAGCAUGGAUCACUUUGACGACAUAGGUCCCAGUAUAGUGAUGGCCUCUCCGGGUAUGAUACAGAGCGGUUUAUCUAGAGAGCUGUUUGAGAGCUGGUGUACCGAUAAAAGAAACGGUGUGAUCAUCGCUGGGUACUGUGUGGAGGGAACGCUAGCAAAGCACAUAAUGUCGGAGCCUGAGGAGAUCACCACCAUGUCUGGCCAGAAGCUGCCUCUGAAGAUGUCUGUGGAUUACAUUUCUUUCUCUGCCCACACAGAUUACCAGCAAACCAGUGAAUUUAUCCGUGCACUAACGCCCCCUCAUGUGAUACUGGUGCACGGUGAGCAGAAUGAAAUGGCGCGUCUUAAAGCUGCUCUCAUCCGUGAAUAUGAAGACAAUGACGAGGUCGAUAUUGAAGUUCACAACCCCAGGAACACUGAAGCUGUUACCCUAAACUUCCAAGGAGAAAAACUGGCCAAGGUAAUGGGUUUGCUUGCUGAUAAGAAGCCGGGACAAGGUCGAAGAAUCUCGGGAAUCCUCGUCAAAAAAAACUUCAACUAUCAUAUCCUUUCUCCAAGUGACCUCUCCAAUUACACUGAUCUGGCGAUGAGCACGGUGACACAGACACAGGCGAUUCCUUACACAGGCCCUUUCAACCUGUUAUCUUACCAGUUACAGCAGCUCACAGGAGAAGUAGAAGAAAUUGAGGUGAAUGAAAAGGACUGUGUGAGGGUCUUCAAGGCAAUCACAGUGGUAAAGGAGCAAGGAAUGGUUAUACUGGAGUGGGUGGCAAAUCCCUCCAAUGAUAUGUAUGCCGACAUCGUGGCCACAGUGAUCCUGGAGCUGCAGUCAAAUCCUCGUAUACAGAAAGCGGCGACUCAUAGAGUCAGUAAAGGAGUGGACAUGGAGGCGUACAAGAAGAGACUGGAGAUUAUGCUUCAGGACAUGUUUGGCGAGGAGUGCGUGACCAGUAACGAUGACAACACUGUCACAGUCACUGUGGACGGAAAAUCAGCCAUCUUGUCUUUGGAAACUCGGACCGUGGAAUGUGAGGAAGGGUUGGAUGAAGAUGAAUCCCUGCGGGAAUUGGUGCAGCUUGCAGCUCAAAGACUAUACAACGCCCUCGGCCCUGCCAACCUUUAACCUGUCACUCUGUGUUUUUUUUUUUUUUGCUUCCUUUUAAUAAGUAAGGCACCUAUGGCUCGUAUGUGAAUGAGCCUAACCAUUGCUGGAUCUGCCUAAAUCAUCCCUAGUGGUUUCUGAUCUGAUGUUCCAGGCUGUAAAUAAUGAGUUGGAAUGACUGAUACCGGAGCUGUGAAUAAGAAGCAACAGAACCUUAAAUAUUUUAUAGGUAACAAAAAAGUUUUAGAGC